UGACGACGACGAAUGAGUAGCCAACAAGAGCGUAUACAGAAUGCCUUGGCUCAGAUGUCAUCAAAGCCAGUGCCAGAUAUUGAUUUCACGGUACACACCAACGAAGAUGGCACACAAGUCUCGACACAGGAGAGAGUUAUAAAGGAUGUACAAGCUCCUGCCAUGCAGCCACCUACGGAUGAACAAUUUUGGUCUAAAGUUGACCCUACAAAGCCAGAUAUCGCUUUCCUCAAAAACCACUUUUAUAGGGAGGGUCGUCUGCACGAGCACCAAGCGUUAUAUAUUCUACACCAGGCUACAGAGAUAUUAAAAAAUGAGCCAAAUCUACUCAACGUAGACGCUCCAAUCACUGUGUGCGGUGAUAUCCAUGGUCAAUACUUCGAUUUAAUGAAGUUGUUUGAAGUUGGAGGAAAUCCUGUUGAUACUCGCUACCUCUUCCUUGGUGACUACGUAGACCGUGGUUACUUCUCUAUUGAAUGUGUUCUCUACUUAUGGGCUCUUAAGAUUUGGUACCCUAAUACCCUGUUCUUGCUUCGCGGUAACCACGAGUGCCGUCACUUGACUGAUUAUUUCACUUACAAACUCGAAUGCAAGCACAAAUACUCUGAAACGAUUUACGACGCCUGCAUGGAGAGUUUCUGUGCUCUUCCUCUUGCAGCAAUUAUGAACAAGCAAUUCUUAUGUAUACACGGUGGUUUAAGUCCAGAGCUCAAUACCCUUGAUGAUUUGAGAAGAAUCGAUAGGUUCCGUGAACCACCAACACACGGUCUCAUGUGUGAUAUUCUAUGGGCGGACCCACUUGAAGACUUUGGAAAUGAAAAGUCUAGUGAUGCCUUCAUGCAUAAUCACGUUCGUGGUUGUUCGUACUUUUUCACAUACACGGCUGCUUGUCAGUUCUUAGAACGCAACGGGUUGUUGUCAAUUAUCAGAGCUCAUGAAGCUCAAGACGCAGGAUAUAGAAUGUAUCGCAAAACCAAGACAACUGGCUUCCCUUCUGUUAUGACAAUAUUCAGUGCACCAAAUUACCUCGACGUAUAUAACAACAAAGCUGCUGUUUUGAAGUACGAAAACAACGUUAUGAAUAUAAGACAAUUCAACUGCACGCCGCAUCCAUAUUGGUUACCAAACUUCAUGGACGUAUUCACAUGGUCCUUGCCGUUCGUUGGUGAGAAGAUAACCGACAUGUUGAUAGCAAUUUUGAAUAUCUGCUCAAAGGAGGAAUUAGAAGAAGAGGAAGAGGAAGAAGCAGCUAUUGAAGCAGCAGCUAUUGCAGCAGCUAAUGAAAAGGUCGUACCAGAGCCUGAAAUACCGUCGGUGCAAGUACAAGAAGCCGAAACUGAAAUCAAGGCACCACCAAAGAUUGUCACAUCUAAUGAAGCUAGUCAAGAUGAAAUGGCAGCUGCCACAUCCGACCUCCGUCGCCAGAUUGUCAAGAACAAAAUCAUGGCAGUUGGUAAGAUGGCACGGGUGUUUGCCUUAUUGAGAGAAGAGAGUGAAAAGGUAUCAGAAUUGAAGGCAUUGCACAACACGAACAAGCUACCAUCCGGUCAAUUAGCCUUAGGUGCAGAAGGUAUAAAAGAAGCUAUUGAGAACUUCGACGAUGCCAAGAAGUCUGAUAUUGAGAAUGAAAGAUUACCACCAGAUUUGGUUGACGCAGAUAUAGAUGCGCCAGCUUCACCUGCAUUCUCACAGCCGGGUACGCCUACGAAUAUCGACGAACCAUUAUCAUAUUCAGCUGCAAAUGGCGUAGGAUCACCAAUGUCCCCGCAAUCGGGUCCAAGUUCACCAGCUUCAAUUGGAAGUUCACCAUCCAUUGGACCAACAAUCGGUCAUGGACAUUCACAGUCAUACGCUUACACACCUUCAACGCCGUUUAGAAGGGGACAUCACGCUAGACAACAAUCACUCGGUACAACUUCAACAUCACCUUCUAAUAGACGACGCUCACUCGAUCAAACGAUUUCACUUAUUAGGGAAGCGAUGGAUCACGAUUAAUGCGAUAUUCAACGGUGGAAUUAUGUUUUUUUUCUCUAAACAAACAAUUGUAAUGAUUUUCUACUCAAAAAAGCUAGUUAUUAUGUUUUAUAAUGGCACAUGAAUAUACCUUGA